AUGGCGUCGGAACGUUUGCAUCUCCCAUCAGAACCAGCCUCUACUGAGGAAAACAUUCCUACUGGCGACUAUGCCUCGCAAGUCGAGAAGACAGACACUUCAGAAGGGAGGCAAACAACUAUAACGAGAUCAGACCGAUCGGCAGAUGAGGAGUAUCCCCAUGGCAUCAAGCUCUUCUUGAUCGUCACGUCGUUAUGUUUUGCAGUCUUUCUGAUGGCCCUUGACCAGUCUAUCCUCGCGACCGCCAUUCCUAAGAUUACAGAUGCCUUUAACAGCUUAGAUGAUGUGGGCUGGUAUGGCAGUGCCUACCUGCUCACCACCGCUUCGCUGCAGCUCUUGUUUGGCAAGCUAUAUACCUUCCUGGACAUCAAGAGGGUCUUUCUGGUCGCCAUCAGUUUCUUCGAACUGGGCAGUCUGCUCUGCGGCGUCGCGCAAAGUUCCGUCAUGUUGAUCGUCGGUCAUGCCAUUGCCGGCAUUGGGGCAGCUGGUUUAUUCUCGGGUGGCCUGCUCAUCCUCGCCAAAACAUCUAUUGCCGGGCCCCUACUGGGUGGUGUCUUCACCGACAAGGCUACCUGGCGCUGGUGCUUCUUCAUUAAUCUGCCCAUCGGGGCCAUCACCUUCAUCGGCAUUACCAUCUUCUUUCCAUCUCCAAAGAAGCCCAUCGAGACCUUCUCUACGAACGAAUCCUUCCCGGCGCGUAUCAACCUCUUCGAUCCCCUCGGCACCAUCUUCUUCAUACCCUCCAUCAUCUGUCUGCUACUCGCCCUGCAGUGGGGCGGCUCGACAUAUGCCUGGAACUCCGGCCGCGUCAUCGCAUUGUUUGUGCUCACCGGCGUGCUGCUCCUCGUCUUCUUGGGGGUUCAGGGGUGGAAAAAAGAGGACGCGACAGUCCCUCCGCGUAUCAUGAAGAAGCACGCCGUUUGGUCCUCUUCCCUGUACUCGUUCUGUGUCGGUGCAGCACAGUUCAUCAUGAUCUACUACGUGCCUAUUUGGUUCCAGGCCAUCCUAGGCGUCACCGCUCUCCAGUCUGGCAUCCGAGUCCUUCCCCUCCUUCUGGCCAGUGUUAUAGCUGCCUUCCUCUGCGGUGCCGCCGUCACGGUGUUGGGCUAUAUCACGCCCUUCAUGUUCCUUGGGACUAUUUUUAUGGCGACAGGUGGUGGCCUAAUACACACCUGGACACCUGACACUGGGAGCCCCGUAUGGAUCGGGUAUCAGGUUCUAUUUGGGCUUGGGUUCGGUAUGGCGUUGCAAUUGCCCAUGCUGGUGGCACAGACCGUCCUAGCACGUGAGGAUCUGGGGGUCGGCAUGGCACUCAUGACCUUCUUGCAAUCCUUAGGCGGUGCCGUCUUCGUCUCGGUGGGCCAGAACGUCUUCGAUAACCAGCUUGUGACGGCCAUAGAGACCUAUGCGCCCUCGGUCGAUCCUGAGAGCAUAAUAUUGGCGGGUGCCACGAGUUUUAGGAACUACGUACCAGCAGAUCAAUUAGCCAAUGUUGUACUCAGCUACAAUAACGCGUUGGCCAAAACGUUCCUCGUCAGUGCCGCCAUGGGGGCUGCUUCCUUCUUAGGCGCUGCGCUGGUCGGUUGGAGGAGCGCAAGGGGAAAGCAGAUGGAUAUGGCCAUGGCUUGA